GGAUUGGAGCAGCCCUCAACUUACUCUUCAGCUUCGCUGCUGUUGGCAGACCAGCAACUCCAUCAUGUCCUUCAGUGCUGAACAGAUUGCUGAAUUCAAGGAGGCAUUUCUCCUGUUUGACAGGACAGGUGACAGCAAGAUCACUUUAAACCAGGUUGGUGAUGUCCUUCGGGCUCUGGGCACAAAUCCCACCAAUGCAGAGGUCAAGAAGGUUCUGGGAAACCCUAGCAACGAAGAGAUGAAUGCCAAGAAAAUUGAGUUUGAACAAUUUCUGCCCAUGAUGCAAUCUAUUUCCAACAACAAGGACCAGGGCACCUAUGAAGACUUUGUUGAGGGUCUGCGUGUUUUUGACAAGGAAGGCAAUGGCACAGUCAUGGGUGCUGAACUCCGCCAUGUUUUAGCCACACUGGGUGAAAAGAUGAAAGAGGAGGAAGUGGACGCCCUGAUGGCAGGUCAAGAAGACUCCAAUGGCUGCAUCAACUAUGAAGCUUUUGUCAAGCACAUCAUGUCCAUCUAAACGGAGCUCUCGAGAGCAAGCAUUGUUUAUGAAGACUGGCUGGAACCUGAUUUUAUUACACCCAUGACUAAGUGUCCAGAUCUGUUUGCCAUUAUUCAGAAAAACAAAACAAUCUAUUCUGUUCUAGACUGAAGGACUUCCUGAAUUUUUUCUAUCUUAAGAUUCUCUCUGAAUUGUAUUCACACAACAUGAACCAAGUGUCUGCUGCUCUACACAAGAAGGAUAAAACAUUGAUAAUCUCAAAUCUAAGCACCACUCUUUAUCGACCAUGGGUCAAUGAACAUCCUUUUAAAAGUCAAUAAAUAAUUUUGGUCAGUCU